GUGCUUUAGAGCCUAACUCACCAGACUCACCAGUCACCAGCGGUCUUUCGGUCAGAGAAGCAGAUCUCACAACCAAAACGUCAUCGUUUUCAGCAUCUCAAUCUCGCAAAAAUGUCAACUCGCUACAUCCUCCUCCUCUCCCUCACAAUUCUCCUCUUAAUCUCCACCUUCUCUCCGGUUCUAUCCAAAUCCAAAACCGACGCCGUUGAAGACGACGACGAGGACCUCAGCUUCCUCGAAGAAGCUGACACCGACACCAAAAAUGGCGCCGCAUCAGACCACUUCGACGAUGAUGCUGAUGCCUAUGAUGACUUCCCCGACGAUUUCGAUAACGACAGUUACUCCGAUUUCGAUGAGUCUGAGUACAAGGAACCGGAAAUCGACGACAAAGAUGUCGUUGUGUUGAAGGAACGCAAUUUCAGUGAUAUUAUCGAGAAUAAUAAGUUUGUUAUGGUGGAAUUCUACGCGCCUUGGUGCGGACAUUGUCAGUCUUUGGCUCCGGAAUAUGCGGCGGCAGCUACGGAACUGAAGGGUGGAAAUGAGAGUGUCGUUUUGGCUAAAGUUGAUGCUACCGAGGAGACUGAGCUGGCACAGGAGUACGAUGUUCAGGGUUUCCCCACCGUUUAUUUCUUCAUCGAGGGCGUCCAUAGGCCUUAUACAGGCGCCCGAAACAAAGAUGCUAUAGUGACUUGGAUUAGAAAGAAGAUAGGACCUGGUAUACACAACGUGACCACAUUGGAUGAAGCUGAGCGCAUAUUGACAUCUAAUGAUAAAGUUGUUCUGGGUUACCUCAACUCAUUGGUGGAUUUAGAGAGUGAGGUGCUUGCGGCAGCUUCAAGGCUUCAAGAUGAUGUCAACUUCUAUCAAACCGUGGAUCCUGCUGUGGCGGAGCUUUUCCACUUAGACCCUAAAGUCAAGCGCCCUGCUUUGGUCAUGGUUAAGAAGGAGGCCGAGAAAAUAAGCUAUUUUGAUGGUCAAUUUGAUAAGUCUGCUAUUGCUGACUUUGUAUUUGCCAACAAACUUCCUUUGGUUACCAUUUUUACCAAGGAGAGUGCCUCUGCAAUUUUUGAAAGUACAAUAAAAAAACAGCUUUUAUUGUUUACCACUUCAAAUGAUUCAGCUAAAGUUUUGCCAGUAUUUGAAGAAGUGGCAAAAAUUUUCAAGGGAAAGCUUAUCUUUGUAUAUGUGGAAAUGGAUAACGAGGACUAUGGAAAGCCCGUAGCAGAAUAUUUUGGUGUCACUGGGAAUGCUCCCACAGUUCUUGGAUACACUGGAAAUGACGAUGGUAAAAAAUUUGUGUUUGAUGGGGAGUUUACAUUGGACAAAAUGAAGGCCUUUGGCAAGGAUUUCCUGGAAGACCAGCUCAAACCUUUCUUUAAGUCUGAUCCAAUUCCUGAAACUAAUGAUGGGGAUGUGAAAAUAGUGGUUGGGAAUAACUUUGAUGAAAUUGUUUUGGAUGAGUCGAAGGAUGUUCUUCUAGAGAUCUAUGCACCUUGGUGUGGGCAUUGCCAAUCCUUGGAGCCAACCUACAACAAGCUUGCCAAACAUCUACGUGGCGUUGACUCUCUUGUUAUAGCCAAGAUGGAUGGGACAACAAAUGAGCAUCCCAGGGCAAAGCCUGAUGGAUUCCCCACUAUUCUAUUCUUCCCCGCUGGAAACAAGAGUUUUGAUCCAAUCACUGUAGACACAGAUCGUACAGUGGUGGCAUUCUAUAAGUUCCUUAAGAAAAAUGCAUCAAUACCUUUUAAAAUCCAGAAACCAGCUUCGGCUCCAAAAUCCGAGGCUUCUGAUGUUAAAGAGAGCCAUGAGAGCAGCUCCAAUGAAGUGAAGGACGAAUUGUGACCUACCAAAAAAAGGAUGAUGACACGCAAGUGUACUAAUGCUAAGCUUUAUGUACCGUUAAUGUGUCAUCAGCUGGUAGAAAAUAUAUAGUUAUCAGAUAGUUUAAUAUAGAUUGAGAAGCAAAGAUUUUCCAGAUUAUGAUCCCUUAAACCCCCCCUUUUUUUUUUGUUUUAACUUAUAAAAAAGAUGUAUCAGCUAUUCAGCUUUCAAGAUCUUGUUUCUUCAGUCUAUGGAAAUUGUAAUGAAGGAUCUAAUAAGAGGUGUCUUUUCUAUUUAGGCCUU